CAUAACCAAGGCAGGCUCAGAGACUCAAGAGCUCCUGAGAAAGAAUUGUGACUGUGGCAACGUUACUGGCCAAGGUAGUUAGGUAUAGCAACUUCUGGUUAGAGUACAAAAAGCCAAGGUCUGCACAAGGAUGAGAUCUAGCAGGGCAAGGCCAGUGAUCAACAUGGACUACAGACUUCAUAGAGUAAAAGUCUACAUCAUGGUGAAAGACAAGCAGUGGAAAGACAUAGGAACAGGAAAAAUUUCAUCCAAAUACAGUGAACGACUCCAUGGUGUGUGCCUGCUUGUUCACUCAUUAUCAGAUGGAUCUCCAAUUAUGGAGUGCAAGAUACAUCCUAAAGUGCCCUAUCAGAAAAAACAAGGGAAAGUAAUCAUUUGGUCUGAAGCUAAGAACCAUGGUAUGGCAAUACAUUUCCAGGAACCAAAUGAUUGUCAAGAGAUCUGGGAAGAUAUAUGCCAAGUUCAAGGUAAAGAUCCAAAUGUAAAAAUCACACAAGAACUUACUGAUGAUAUGGAAAGCUUUGAACAUCUAUCUCUGAGCUGGAAUCAGGUUGAGAUGUCAAACAGUGAACUCCGUACACUCAAAAAUAUUGCAAACUUAUUACCUUUUGUCUUUGAAAUGCCAAGCCAGAAAGAAAAACUGGUGCUGUUCUUAGAAAAUGAUGGUUACAUUAAAAAAUUGCUACGAAUGUUCAACACUUGUGAAAAACUGAAGAACAUGGAAGGAUUAUACUAUUUGCAUAACAUUGUUAAAGGAAUCCUGUUUCUAAAUAAUACACGUUUGUUUAACAUCAUGUUUUCUGAUGAAUUUUUCAUGGAUGUUAUAGGAUGCCUUGAAUAUGACCCUGCUUUGGAUAAGCCAAAGCAGUAUAGGGAAUUCUUGACUCAAAAUGUGAAAUUCAAGGAAGUUAUACCAAUAAUACACUCCCAACUUAGGCAAAAAAUACAACAGACCUAUAGAAUGCAAUAUGUUCAUGAUAUAAUGUUGCCUUCACCAUCCAUAUUUGAAACGAAUCUUCUUUCUGAUAUUACCACUAUGAUUUUUUUCAACAAAAUUGAUAUAAUUACUAUGCUUCAGGAAGAUGAAAACUUUUUGCUCAAAAUUUUUGCUCAGUUAAAAGAUAAGAGAGUAGGAGAUGAGAGAAGGCAUGAAUUAUUAUUAUUCUUUAAGGAAUUCUGUGCAUUUGCUAAGACAUUACAGUCUCAAAAGAAAAAUGCAUUACUGAAAAAAUUGAUAAGGCUAGGAAUCAUGAGUGUACUGAAAGUUGUAGUGCACAUGCAUAAUUACCAAAUACAAAUAGCUACUCUAGAACUAUUUUCUUAUCUAGUAGAAUAUAGUCCAUGCCUAGUUCGAGCUUAUGCAGUGGAAGAAGCUCAGAACAGUAAAGAUAAUGAUAACCUUCUCAUUAAUAUAAUGAUCAAGCAAAUGAUCUGUGAUUCUGAUCCUGAAUUUUCACAAGGCAUCAUUUUGACAGCGGCUUUUCAUGAUCUUCUUGAUCCAGGAAAUAUGCGUGCCACAGCUAAGGGAUGUGAAAGAAAAGUAUUUCUGAAUUUCUUCUAUAAACGUUGCAUGAGAAACCUUGUAGCACCAAUUUUGUCUACCACGGUAGAGACUGACAGAAAUGAUAAUAGGGUUAACAUCUGCCCUGAUAAUUAUCAAAAUGCACAAUUGCUUGGAGCAAUUUUAGAAAUACUUACAUUUUGUGUGCAAUACCACUCAAUGUACAUAAAACAUUAUAUUUUGAGCAACAACUUGCUCAGCAGAAUCUUGGUGCUCAUGAGUUCAAAGCACACUUUUCUGAUUUUGUGUGCUGUACGUUUUAUGAGGAAGAUGAUUGGCCUUAAAGACAAAAUUUACAGUCUUUACAUAAUUAAUGAAAACCUUUUUGAACCAGUUGUAAAAGCUUUUAUGCAUAAUGGACAUCGGUACAAUAUGUUAAAUUCAGCUAUUAUUGAGCUAUUUGAAUUUAUAAGAAAAGAAAACAUCAAGUCUCUCAUUGUAAACAUUGUGGAAAAAUUUUUUAUGGCUUUUGAAUCAAUUGAGUAUGUCCAGACCUUUAAAGGUUUGAAAACUAAAUAUGAAGAGGAGAAGAAGAGAAAAAGUCGAAAAAGAAAGAAUUUACAUAGUAUAAUAUACCCCAAAAUGUAUUGCAGCCAUAUCAAAGUUAUGGAGGUAAAAGUCAAAGCAGACAUACAUUAUAGAGGAAUCACAGAAGAAGAACGACAAGGAGGAGAAGGAGCUAUUCUACCAAUGAGGAGUGACUUUACAAAUAAUUACAACAUAUUUAUGAAAAAUAAAGAUACAAAUGAUAGUGAAAAUAAAACAGAAUGUCCCAAAAGAAAAUCAUCUGAAGGCUUUGAAUGUUCUCCAUCUCAUGCAGAUCCUUCUGCUAACAGAAUGAGUAUGUCACACUGUAGCAGCCUGGUUCCUUUAGUGGAUUACCCAUAUGACAGUGAUAGUGAGAAUGAUGAUGAUCCUUAUGGUAGUGAUAAAGGUGAAGAUGAAGACAAAGAUGAAGAAUCC